GUCUUGAGGUUUUGCGGUUGCUGUUGAUUCUCUGCAGAACUUUGAACACGAGCUUCCUUUUGCUUGGUGAACUGGCCAGGCCCUGUGAGCGUGUGCAGACCAUGGAAGUGCCCAAGCAGCCUUGCUGUUAGAAAAGAUUCCUGUUUGGAUGUCAGACGGGUAGCCUAACUCCACACAUUUCCCUGAGAUAUCUGGCUUGUUCAGGAGGAAGAUUUCAGUACUGCUGCCCUGUGAACUGGCACUCACCAUUUGAGUUUCAGUGCUGCCGCUUGUUAGCUGAGUGGAACUGAGAAAGUUGCUGAGCCUCAAUUUUUCCAUCAGAUAUUAAGGAUAUUGCCCAGAUUCUAAACUUCUUGGGAGAAUUAUAAGCAGUAUAUGUCAUAUUACCAGGAACUGAGAAAGAACUGAGGACAUCACAGCUAUAACUGUCGACAAGUUGUGCUAGAAGAGACAUUUUGCCCAUUGCUGAUGAGAAAGCAUAAACCCAGAGGCACCUGGGACUGAAGAUUGGAGGAGGGGGCGCCUGGCUAAUUUCUCAAUAGCUUUGACUUGUGGAAGUCUUACUGCUGUGACUUCUGAAGCAUGGCUGGCCACAACACCUCCUCCUGUGAUGAUGCUAUACUGACACCCCAUUUAACCAGGCUCUACUUCGUAGUACUCAUUGGAGGGCUGAUGGGCAUCAUCUCCAUCUUGUUCCUGCUGGUGAAAAUGAACACCCGGUCCGUGACCACCACGGCCGUCAUUAACCUGGUGGUUGUCCACAGUGUUUUUCUGCUGACAGUGCCUUUUCGCUUGACCUACCUCAUCAAGCACACCUGGAUAUUUGGGUUGCCCUUCUGCAAAUUUGUGAGCGCCAUGCUGCACAUCCACAUGUACCUCACGUUCCUGUUCUAUGUGGUGAUCCUGGUCAUCAGGUACCUCAUCUUCUUCAAGCACAAGGACAAAGUGGAAUUCUACAGAAAACUGCAUGCUGUGGCUGCCAGUACUGCCCUGUGGCUACUGGUGAUUACCAUUGUGGUACCCCUGGUGGCUUCUCAGUAUGGAAUUCGUGAGGGGUAUGAUAAACACGAUUGCUUUAAAUUCCAUAAAGAACUUGCUCAUGUAUAUGCACAAGUCAUCAACUAUAUUAUAGUCAUUAUCGUCAUAGUCAUUGCAGUGGUUCUCUUGGUCUUUCAGAGCAUCAUCAUUGUGUCAAUGGUGCGGAAGCUACGUCACUCCUUGCUAUCCCACCAGGAGUUCUGGGCCCAGUUGAAAAACCUUUUUUUCAUAGUGGUCAUUCUUAUUUGCUUCCUUCCCUACCAGUUCUUUAGGAUCUAUUACUUGUACACUGUGGCACACUCAAGUCAUUGUGACAACAAUGUUGCAUUUUAUAAUGAAAUCUUACUGAGUGUAACAGCGAUUAGCUGCUUCGAUUUGCUGCUCUUUGUUCUUGGGGGAAGCCGUUGGUUUAAGCAAAAGAUAACUGAUCUGUGGAAUCGCCUUUUGUGCCGUUAGCCACAAACUACAGUAUUCAGAAGUACUUCCUUUAUAUUGAGAGUGAAAACAGGAAUGGUUAGUUCAUUACUUGAUUAAAACGAUGCUUUGAUGCAGCCAAACAAAAGGACUAUAAAAUGUCAGAGCAUUCUUUUCAUUCUGUAUUUAAUGUCUACCAUCUCUGGAUGAUAAACAUACAAAGACUAGUGAUGUUCAAUCCACCUGGAGUUACAACACUGCAUUAUUUUCCAAUGUAAAAUGUCUGCUUGGCCCAUCCAGGUACCAUGGGUUUAAUGGUUUCUGAGUUUCACUAGCUUAUUUUAGUUUCCUCAGUUUGAAACAUCGUCUUUUCUUUGGACCGGACUCAGCCCUCUAGUUCUUUUCAUUCCACUUAACCUUAGUUAAGAUUAAUCUUGGUAAUGAUUCAGCUUCAAAAACACAAACUCCACUUAGCUAACCAGAAGAGAUGUCCAUUCAACUUAUGCCCUCACAAAAAAAAAAAAAAAAAAAAACACAAACAGAGAAAGGGGCAAGAAUAGUAAAAACACUUUUUUUAGAUUACCAUAGCUUUGGUGGGAAGUCACUUAUUUAGAAAUCAAGAGAAAUAGAACUCUUGUAGCCUUCUUCUAUAACCAGGUAAUCUAGAUUUGUUCUUUGAAAGAUCAGGUUUAAGAACAUGGAAUCAACUCCCUGAAUAUAUCCUAAAAUAAUUUAAAAGCUUACUGAACACAUUUAAAUAAUGGUGACUGUAACUUAGAGAAUUUUACUGAUGAAUGUGUUGCUAGGCAUUAAAUGAGUUCCCAAGGGAAGUGAUUAAAUUUUUCCCCUGUUUUUUGAAGAAUUUCUAGAUGUCUUGGGCCACAAUUUAGAUUUUCCUUGGAGACAGAAAAUUAUACUGAACUCUUUAUAGAGUUGCAUUCUACUCUUAAAGUUAUAUUUAAAUAAAUGAAAAUAUUCUUAAAAAUAACUUCAGAAACACAUAGAAAAAUAUUCAUUUAUACCAUGAGAUUAGGCUGCUAAGUUGAAACAUAGUCUUGUCAGGUCUUUGCUCUUCUACCCAUAUUUCUACUAUUUCCCUCAAAGUUUCACAGUUUUAGAGUUCCCUGGGGGCUCAGUGGGUUAAAGAUCUCGCACUUUCACUGCUGUGGCUCAGGUCACUGCAUGGUGAUCCCAGUCCCGGGAACUUCGGCAUGCUGUGGGAUGCAGCCC